UUCAUGGAGGUCAUGUCCCCGUCUUUUCUUGUCUGGCUGCGGGCGCCUUCCCUCCCAUGUGGCCGGGUUCCCGGGAGCCUUUCUCGCUAAGCCUUUUUGCCAACACCUAGCAUAGGGGGCGGGGCGCGCCAUUUCGGGGCCAGGGUCCCCCGCGGGUUCUUCGAGUUGAGGCAGAAGUGGGAGGAAACGGAGUCACUCUUCCCCAUGUGGCCUGGGUAAGGGGCACGCGUCCCCGAGGGAAGCGCCUUCGGGCCUGCUCUCCAAGGAAUGGACUAGUCCUUCUCCACUAGUGUACGCGGUGGGGUCACUUGAGAGUUGCUGCCACCUCACGAAAGGCCAUCUGUGGGGUGAACCGGGGAGUGUGGUGAUGUGAGAAAAGGCAUGAUGCAUGGUUGGUGACUUUCCAGAUGCUGAGGUACCUGUAUUCUAGGCACAGGCCAGUACUGAGCUGUAGUUGGGCUAGGCUGUGCCUUCUGAAGCGGUGUCUGUUUACAAUGAAGUUGCAGUCUCCAGAAUUCCAAUCGCUUUUCACAGAAGGAUUGAAGAGUCUGACAGAAUUAUUUAUCAAAGAGAACCAUGAAUUAAGAAUAGCAGGAGGUGCAGUGAGGGAUUUAUUAAACGGAGUGAAACCUCAGGAUGUGGAUUUUGCCACCACUGCUACCCCAACUCAGAUGAAGGAGAUGUUUCAGUCGGCUGGGAUUCGGAUGAUAAACAACAAAGGAGAAAAGCACGGAACAAUUACCGCCAGGCUUCAUGAAGAAAAUUUUGAAAUUACAACACUACGGAUUGAUGUCCUCACUGAUGGAAGACAUGCCGAGGUCGAAUUCACAACUGACUGGCAGAAAGAUGCUGAACGCAGAGAUCUCACUAUAAAUUCAAUGUUUUUAGGUUUUGAUGGCACAUUAUUUGACUAUUUUAAUGGUUAUGCAGAUUUAAAAAAUAAGAAAGUGAGAUUUGUUGGACAUGCUAAACAGAGAAUACAAGAAGAUUAUCUAAGAAUUUUAAGAUAUUUUAGGUUUUAUGGGAAAAUUGUAGACAAACCUGGUGACCAUGAUCCUGAUACUUUGGAAGCAAUUGCAGAAAAUGCAAAAGGCCUGGCUGGAGUAUCAGGAGAGAGGAUUUGGGUUGAACUGAAAAAAAUUCUUGUUGGUAACCAUGUAAAUCAUUUGAUUCACCUUAUUUAUGAUCUUGAUGUAGCUCCUUAUAUAGGUUUACCUGCUAAUGCAAGUUUAGAAGAACUAAACAAAGUCUGUACAAAUGUUGAAGGAUUUUCACCAAAGCCAAUGACUCUUUUGGCCUCAUUAUUCAAAGUACAGGAUGAUGUAACAAAAUUGGAUUUGAGGUUGAAGAUUUCAAAAGAAGAGAAAAACCUUGGCUUAUUUAUAGUUAAAAAUAGGAAAGAUUUAGUUAAAGCAACAGAUAGUUCUGAACCAUUGAAACCCUAUCAAGACUUCAUUAUUGAUUCUAGAGAACUUGAUGCGACUACUCGUGUGUGUGAACUACUGAAGUACCAAGGAGAGCACUGUCUCCUGAAGGAAAUGCAGCAGUGGUCCAUUCCUCCAUUUCCUGUCAGUGGCCAUGACAUCAGAAAAGUGGGCAUUUCUUCAGGAAAAGAAAUUGGAGCUCUAUUACAACAGUUGCGAGAACAGUGGAAAAAAAGUGGUUAUCGAAUGGAAAAAGACGAACUUCUAAGUUACAUAAAGAAGACCUAAAAUUCAUGACUAAUAAAAUCCAGAAAAUUUGGGGUAAUACUGUUUUUUUUUUUUAAACCUUCCUUCUUAGUGAGAUUUAGGAAACUAAAGAGGACCUUUUCAGUAGAAUAAAGGUUUUAUUUUGUGAAAUAUAUUUCAGGCACUAAUUGAAGUCUGCUGCUUCUGAUUUAUAUCACAGAACCUUAACAAUGCUUUUGGAAUAGUUCUAAUUGAGAAAAGUAUAGUUGGCUGCUUCUAUCUUAAUCUGUUUCAGGGUAUCCAAUGCUUUUUCUACCACAUAUGUUAGAGUAAGAGUUGUUUGGGGCCACACAUCACAUACACAAACACUAAUGAGAGCCAAAGAGCAAAAAAAGUCUGUGCAUACUUUUGCUUAUCUGUGGUGGUGCAUACUGCAAAAACAGUCCUCAAAAAGUAUGCAGGAGUCCGAUGGGCUGCAGGUUGGACACUCUUAGACAUUUUCUAUUUUUGUACAGGGCAAUACUUACUAAGAUUGAUCUUAAAAUGGUAGUUGUCUUCAAGAACAAAUGUCUGUUGUUUGCAAGUGAAAUAACUGGUUACUGUAAUACGACUAUCUGUAACUAUCACUUACCUGAAUUCCAAAAUAAACUUGUGCCUGAAAAGAAAUAGGUGAAAAAUUUAUAUAAAGUAUCUUGUAUAUAUAAAUACCAAAUGUGUCAAGGUUGCUGGCAUUCAUACAAACAAGAUUUGUUUUAGCAAGCUAUGUUUUAAUAUGUUGCUAUUUUUCUCUGUCAUAAUUUCUUUAUGCAUGCAAAGCCUGGAAGUUAGUUAUGGGAUUAAUUUGAGGGUUAGUCUUUUGUUAAGUAUAUAUUAGGUAGAUGCAAUAUGUAUAUAUGUAAUAACAAUGCCCCUGUCGCUUCAAAGAUUUGAGCCCUAAAUGCUUUCAUUAGGUAAACAGAUGUACAGCAUAAAGUAUUAUUUGUUUUAGCUGUUAUACUAUAAUAUUUUAUAAUUCAUUAUUUUCCUUCUGUGUAGCCCGUCAUAGAAUCUUUGUACUCUGGGCACAUAGUCAUUUUGGACCUUGAUAAAAUUUCGCAAAGCAUAAUAUUUCUAUUAAAAUCCAACUAAGAGGAAGUGUGACAAAUAGAAUAUGACAGGGACUAUAUUGCAAGAAUGGGAGCUUCAAACAGCUCUAUACAGGUAACUAAAUGCAUUGUAAUACAUCGGAAUAGUUAAAUACUACUGAAUAUACAUUCUGAGCCAACAUCACAGAAUUCCUACUUUUUUAUAUAGGAAAUUAGUUACUUCAGUGGUCUGGUUUUAUCAUGUUUAAAAUAGUAUUAUAUGCAUAUUUUUAUAUACCAGAGAAUUUUAAGUAUUAGAACAUUUGGAGAUGGGUUACCCUUCAUGGAGCAAAGACAAAAGCAAUGUUCCCUCACGGCAACCGGUUUAGAUUUCAUUCUACAGAGAAGUACCACGUUACUGAGACAAACUCCCUAGAAUCCAUUAAAAUAAAUUUUAGUGCAGUGUACUUAGGAACAACCAGUGAACUCAUAUAAAUCCAAGGUUAUUAGUACGUGUAGUGGUAAUAAUGUGGAACUUAGAAACAAAAUGACAAUCUUGGGCAUAUCCUAAACAAUAGCAUUUGUGUGUUGUUUUUCAUCUCUUUACAUAAUACUUACUUGAUUUAAGUUAUGGUUGGUCAAAACAUUAAAAAUUAAACAGUCUGUUUAUACUUGAGUUUUAACUCUUCCUGCUAAGUUAUGUAAAAUGGCAAAGGAGUAUCAACAAAACCAAAGUUAAUCGCACAAAUGUGAAAUGAUCCACUAAAACCCUUGAAUAUAUAAAGCAUAGAGGUAGGUAGCAAAGCAGUCUAUCUAGAAUUUAUCUUAAAAAUUAUUUACCACUAGAUUAUUUGCUUAUGAGUAGAUAUUACAUUAUUUACAUAAAGAAUAUAUUUGUAGUUUUAUUUAGUUUACUUAUAGAUUUUCUUCAAUUUACAUUGAGCAAAAUAGCCCACAAAAUACAGUGUCAUCUCUUGUUCUAGAAGAAGGGGGCAUAUUUUGA